ACAAAAGACAAACAGAGAUAGCAAAGCUACCAAUUCAUCCGAGAGAGGAGAAUCAAGUCUCAUUUGUGGAGGUCUGGAGCACCUACCAAGGGAAGCUAACUCACAGAGGUUUUCUUAAAGGGUUUUUUUUUCUGUACAAAGGUAGUUCUUCAAGUUCAUACGUACCAAAUGAAUAGACGAAACUAUGCUUCAAUAGUCAAUCUGAGACUAUAACCCUUCGCAACAUGUAUGAACUAGUUGAGUCAUCCAAUGUUUGCAAACCAUGGGCUUCCCAAAUCCCACAUGCAUCAAUCGCGUUGUCCUCAACCACUUUUUGUCAUUGGUGUGGAUUUUGCUCCGAGAAAUUUCUCUACCAGUUCGCCUCCACCAACAGAGCUUUUGCUUCGAGAUCACCGUCGCCAGGGUCCACGCCACCUACACCCAGCAGACCUUCACCGUCGAGCAGUGGCUCACCACCGACACCUCGCUCUACGAGCUCUCCGCCGCCAGGAACUUCAGCCCUUACGAUAUGUCCGCCCGGGAGAAGACCCGCGACUUGAGGAGCGCCUCCACCGGCGGGAGGGCCGCCUUCGCAUUGUUGCGACAGGUGGUGGAUGGUUAUUAGCUUUUUAGCUGUAUCCCGUUUUGGGGGAAAAUUCUAAAGUACAUAUGUUCUUAAAAAAAUUCCCAAAAUACACAUGUUUUAUCAAAUAUUCCCAAUCUACACAUAUUUGAGCAAAAUCGCCUACGUCAGACACGGUGAACAGUAACACCACGGACGUCAGAAGCGGUGAAUUUUUCAGGGCCAUCGUUGGUGUCCCACGCGGUGAGGGCCUAGUGAUAGGUCAAAAGCGUAUGCCUUAAUCCUAUCUUGUAGUAAAACCGGAAAGUCCGA